AUGAAUAUUGUACAAAAUGAUGAUGCGCAUUGUUCUGUUAUUUCGUUGGUAAAGAAAGGAUAUGAAAUUGUCAAGCGAUUUGUCAUCAAAAAACCAAUUCCGCUAGAUUCGUUUGUAUCUGAUGGUGAUAUUCCUGUUACACCUGAUGAUUCAGAUUUGUUAAGCAGUAUUGAAGAACAAUCGGAUUUCAUAUUUGAUGUUGGAUCCGGACGAACAUAUUCCUUGCCACAAUAUAUCAAUUAUGUUAAUGAUCAGGAAGACGAUGACGAUUUGAUGAUAAUGCCGAAUACGGAAAUAGAUAUUCGAGAAUGA